AUGGCAUCAAGACGAACUAUAUCAAGCGAGAAAGGAUUCAUCGAAAAGGGUGAUGCGACCGCGUUCUCUCCCGCAGCAUUGGAGAAAUCCAAUAUUGCGCCUGCCGUGCCACCCGGCGUCAUAUUCAAGCUUCUCGCCUUCACCUUCGCCAUGGUCGUGUUUCCUAUAGGCUCAUAUUUCGCAACAGUGAACACAAUCUUCAGAGGCAAGAUGAGCAACUCGACCUUCGCAGGUGCUACAGCAGCUUUCAUAGCGAAUGUUGUGCUUAUAGGCUACGUUAUUGUGGCCAUGAAAGAGGACCAGUCGGAACGGCUGGAGGCAGAGGAGGAGGCGAAGAAGUCUAAGUAG